UCUUUCUACCUAUCCCCGCAGUGGCGGCAGGUUUCGCGACCAGGUUGUCUACAGAUCUGUGCUCCUCCGAAUACAUUUGUGAUGUUUCAUCAAUAGAAAGGGGAAUACUUUUUGGUGUGCCAAGUGUAAGGAAAGAAAAACAUUCCAGUUUCUGGUUGCUGGCCUAGAGCUCAGGCUGAGAUGUCAGAGGGGCCAUCCAAGAUCACGGGGCCCAUUCCCCCAGACCCUACCGUUUGCCCACAUUAUUACAGAGGCUGCCUAUCAGCCCGAGGGAGACUAGAAGGAAAUGAUGUGAAGCUUGACCUGCUCCCUGGUCCUAUUCCACCAGAGUUUAGCCUCUAUCCCACAUACUAUAGCACUCACCUCACUGUCCCUCCUCCACGGAUUAAACCUAAUGCCAAGGAUGUUCUGGAGAGGAGUCAGAACGGCUCAGUGGGUGCCCUGCUGCAGCUGGAUGGGCUGUUCUGCGAGAAGUGGCCACCAAAGUGCAAGGAGCAAAAGGACCAUGAGAAGGAGAAUCUGAAGCGCAUGAGGGAAAUUCAGAGGAAAUGCCGAGAGAAGGAGCAGGCUCGGGAGCUAAGCCAGCCCAAGCCUGUGAAAGCCCUCUGGAAAUCUCAGAAGUAUGAGAAUGUGGAGUCCAAAGUGAAGGCCAAGUUGCAGGUGUCUCCUGUUCCUCCAAACCCCAGUACUCAAAACUAUCUGAGAGCAUAUUCUCGCUGUGGCACAGGAGUUCAUCCACGGAGGUCAACGUCUCCAAAUCCUUCCCAGUUGAAGGGAACAGCGGACACAGUUGCUGAAAUAAAAGGACAACCAGGCAGUGUCAAGGAAAACAGCAAAGAGGUGGACUUCAUCAGCCACAAUGCCCAAAAUGCCAAACGAGCCCAGCUACAACGUUCGCGCUCCCUGCAAUCACUAAUCAAUGUGCUAGAGAAGAAACGUAAGGAGCAGGAAGAAUACAAUGACAAGCAGAAGGGUCAUGUCCCCCACUAUCUAAUUGAGAGGAAGAACAACUGGCAGAAAGAAGCAGAAGAGAGGCAGCGCAACAUGCCUGACCCUGCCAGCCCACCAGGCCAUAUCAUGAUGGCAGACAGCCAACGACUAGAAACUCUCAGCAACCUCAAACAAAGCCAGGAGCAGUUGUUGAAAGAGCUUCUGUUACUUCCAGUGCGGAUUGACUCACUGAGUGUCCGAGCCCGACAGAUCACCCUAGAGAAGAAGCUGUCACAGAUUGAAGAGGCACUGAAGAUAUUCUCCCGGCCAAAAGUCUUCAUCAAACUGGACUCUUAGAUAGGACUAAGAGGUACUUCCUUUCCCAGCCUCCCCAUCUGGAAUAUAAGGGAGAGUACAGUUUAGAUUUUGCUUUUUGCUCUUAGAUUCUGCUCUUAGAUUCCAUCUUCCUCCCCAAUUCCCACUCAACUGUCACAGUGAUGCAGACAUUUUCUGCUACAUCCUUGUGGCCAACUUCUCCUUUUGUGCUUUUUUCUUAGCACCCAGUCUUUGAGAAGUUAGAAAGCUAAAAAUACUCCUCCAUGUCAAGAAUGUAAGCCUGCACCCCUCUGGUAGAUGUUUCCACUCCAGUUCAUACCAGUUCAGGGUUCCAGUCAGUGUGGCCAGUGGACAAGGAUUAUGGGUAUUAUAGUGUGACAACAUUUGGAAGGUCAUGGUUUCCUCAUCCCUAUCCUAUAUAUGUUUGUCUGUGCUACUUUACAAACUAAUAGACUAAAUUGCCCAAAAUAUGUAAGGAGAGUGGGUGGCAUGGAGAUGUCUUUGUUGCAGAGACAUCCACCAGUCUGAGAACUGUAAAAUAUAUAUAGCCACAGCUUGAGAAUUCCUCUCUGUGGCAUAAGGGAGUGGGUGUAUGUGCUGGAGAAAGCCCCAUUUAGUGGUGCAGUAGGUCAGAACCUGCUGGGAAGCGAUUGCACUCCAGUAGAUCUUAGGCUUUGCACAAAACAGUCCAGGAAGGACCAUACAUAUAGGUGAUGCACCGUGACAAAAGUGCCUGAAGCUUAUAGGAAUGUGUACAGUUGUAACAAGCAAUUUGAUAGUUCAAAAUAAAAUAAAAUAACUUUUUGUAAGCAUUUGACACCUCAGAGAAACCAAAACUGAGUAUGUGCCUUUGC